CAAAACACCCAAUUCUCCCUUUCAAAAACCCUAACAAAAGAUUUCAUAAAACUUCCAAAAAAAAAGCCCCACAAUUCAACUCAACAGACUACAAACACAAUCAAUACAUAUAAUCACUUCAAUCAUAUCCUCUCUUGAUUCUGUUAAUCGCCAUUUUCAAAACUUCAAGUUCUUUCCUACCUUAUAUCCGAUAAAUGUCGAAUUCGGGUCGGAUCCGCGCCCGGAAAGACAGGUUUUACAGCCCGCCGGCGAUGAGAAGGUACAAUCAACAACAACAACAGCAGCAGAAGCAUAAACAGCAAGUAGAACAACCAAAACAUCGAGAAAAAACGGAGAAAUCGGAGCGUUGGAUGAGUAUUAACAGUGGAAGUAGUGCUGUGGUCACUAAUUUGGAUCGGUUUAUGAAGCAUACGACUCCGGUUAUCACUGCACAGCAUUUCCCCAAGACUAGCAUGAAGGGAUGGAGGAAUCGUGAAGACGAUUACCACCCGUACUUUUUACUUGGUGAUCUUUGGGAAUCGUUUAAGGAAUGGAGUGCGUAUGGAGUUGGAGUUCCUCUAGUGUUGAAUGAACGGGAUUCUGUUGUCCAAUACUAUGCACCGUCUUUAUCUGCUAUUCAACUAUAUGUUGAUCCAACCGCACCUACAACAAGCAUAAGGCGGGCGGGUGAGGAUAGUGACUAUGAGUCAUCCAGCGGUGAUGGCAGUAGCUAUGAGGCAGGUGGACCUGCUCCAGUGGCCAUAAAAGAUUCUGAUGAAGGGGUGGAAAUAAGGAACCCUCCAGGCCUUUUAGUAUUAGAGUAUUUUGAACGCGCAUCACCCUUUCAACGUGAACCUCUCGCCAGCAAGAUAUCAGACCUUGAAUUCAAGUUUCCUGAACUGAACACGUAUAGGAGCUGUGACCUGACUCAGUCAAGUUGGAUUUCUGUGGCUUGGUAUCCAAUAUACAGAAUACCUGUGGGCCCAUCCCUUCAAAAUGUUGAUACAAGUUUUUUGACUUUUCAUUCCUUGUCAACACCGUUAAGAAGUACAGAUGGGAAUGGUGUGCACCCUCGUGGUUCAACGGCUAGGGAGGUUCAUGAAGCCCGAAUGCCGUGUCAGCUCUCGUUACAGAUUUUUGGUAUGGCUGUCUAUAAGUUCAAGGAUGCUGACUGGACCAAAGAUGGAGUUCAUGGCACCGAGAAAAUAAACUCGUUAAUAAAGUCAACUGAUAAUUGGCUCAGGAAUUUGGACGUACAUCACCCAGAUUAUAUGUUUUUCAAAAAUCAUUGAAACAGAUCGUCAAACCAAAUUGUUUUGGCGAGUCCAGUCAGCCCAGCUAACACGCCAACCAACAGAUUCACGGUUUACAUCGAAGCCGGUUAUCCUUCUUUUGGGCAAAGAGGUUGACAAACUUUAUUUAUAAAGAAUGAAAGAAUACAAAUUGUAAGCAUUAGCGUUUCAAAGUCCAUAACCCAUAUAACCGGU